CAAAAAUGGCGGCGUCUGUCCAAUGAGAUUUCAAACUAAAAACAAUUUAACAGCGCGAUGAAUGCAAACAAUAGACGGAGUUCCUUGCGCAAGGCGCCGGCGAUGGAAGAGGAUGCGACAGCAACAUCGACGGCGACCAAACAGCAAAUCAAGCGACGCAUCAGUUUCAGUGGCAAAAAGUUCGUGCGGGAAUUUGUCAACACCAAGGAGACCAACAACUGGGACGACUCGUACGAGGUAUCCGAACACCAUGCGGAGGACAGCACGGGAUCGAGAUCAGGAGCAGGAUCAGGAUCAGGAUCUGCAUCACUACCGAAGGUUCCCCAAGAUGCGGACAAGGAGAACGUUCCACUGACCAGCCACCAAGAACGGGAAUCGAUCGAAAUGAGCCUGAAUCUCCAGACCAGCGUGGAUGUCACCAUGUUGCCCGGCGAACCGAGGAAUAUAUCGUCCAGAAAGUCCACCACCUCCAUUUGUCUGUCCUCCGAGGAGCGAAAGGUGCUGCAAAGCAGCCUCUACGAUCUCCAGACGAUGGACAAGACCUAUGAUCUAAUGUCUCAAUCUCUGAUUCCCCGCACCCAAAUCCCGGCCAGCAUUUGUGAGGAUUCCUCGCUCGAACUGCCAGCUAUUAACAGAGGAAAAAGGGUGAAUACCCCCGUAGCCAAGGCAGCCACAAUAAGUGACUCCUUCAUGGACAUUACUCCAUUGGGAUUCGCUGAUCCUGCUCUUGCACCCGUUGUUCCUGCUCCUGCUCCUGUAGCACCUCCUGGCCAUCCCCCAACGCAGCCGAGUUUCAUGGAGCUGGAAGACGACAGCUUGAUGAGGGAAAUGCGCGAGUUCAACAAAAAGGAGAAAAAGGCGCCGGUUCAUAAGUCACUUUUCAUGGACAUAGAGGAGGCGCAAAAGGAGAUCAAGAAUAAAACCCAACAUGGACCAGUUGAUAUAUCCUUCGACUGCCCUUUGAAUGUUUCCGAGGACCGGGAUCGCUCGCCAUCGAAUUCCUUCGAGAGCAACAACAGCACCAUCAAUUUCAUGAAGGACGAGUCCAUGCUCAUACCCUUCGACAUGAUUUCGGGAAAGAACAUUAGCAAGAAGCUAAACUUUCGCCAACUGAACGAUGAGCUGGAGGCGGGAAAGAUUCAGAUUUUCCCAAAUGGUCCAAAAACGCCAACGACGGAUCGCAAGGCCAAGAGAAAUCGUUUCUUUCAUGGUCUUGAAGAGGAAGCCGCGGAUGACAGUAGUCCAAAGAAGGAUAUAAGAAGCAUUAAGCCAAGGGGAACGUUGAAUUUCAGUGAGAAUAUGACCAUGUCGCCGGCGCUAGCAAGUCCAGUUCGCAAGGACAAGGAGAAACAGAAGGCGCUGGAUGACAAGAGAAAGUAUCGAUUGUCGCAGGCGGAUGAGCUAAUGCUGGACAACACGAAUUUCCUGGCCCAUGCCAAAUUGGGCGACGAGACUCAGUCGAGAAAUACGUCCAAGAAUUCUACAAGAAGGGAGACCACAUAUGAAAAUUCCGAACUGAAUUUGGAAUAUCCCGCCAGCAGUCAGAGCUUUCAGCCUAUGCCAAACUCCAAGUCUCGACAGACUAUUAAUACGGCCGAGGAAAUGCUGCAGGAUCAGUUAGAUUUUCCUACUUAUCCUGGAAAGAAAAGUGUUCCCGCACGUCGCACUUUACAUCUCAAUGAAUCCAUUGAUCAGGAAGCGAAUGAUAUGCACGUUAGGAAGAAGAUUGUGACCACGGAGCAGAUCGUCUAUGAAAAGUCUACAAUUAACCAGCAGGGCUGCACCAAAACCAAGCGCAGGGAGACCAUUUUAUUGCAGGAAAGCAUGGAGCAGGACAUCAUAAGUCCCCUCAAGGAACUACAUUUAAAACCCAGCGCUGUUCCUAAAGAAAGGGCCCAAUCCAAGGCUAACCACACUCUUUUUUUAGCAGAGCCCAUGGAAGAGGAUUCGCUGUGUAAUAUAAAAGACUUGGAAGUUUAUGAUGCGAGUACUGAAGGAGUACCAACUGAAACCAUAGGAGCGAUAAACCAAUCGAACGCAAAUGCUCGCUCCAAAUCCAGACAAACUCUAGUAAUGUCAGAACCCAUAGAGGAGGAUGAGAGUGUUCCGCAGACCAAGACCAACUCAAUAACCCUAAAAACUAUUGAUAGAUCAGCUGCACCGCAGCGACAAAAAUCCAGGCACACUCUCUUAAUGUCUGAGCCAAUUGAAGAAGAACUUGCUGGAGCCAAUCAAUCCCGUUUAAAAUCAAGAAACACUCUUCUCAUGCAGGAGCCAAUUCAAGAGGAUUUGGUAGUUCAAAAGGAAGACCAUUUAGUUGGACAGCAAAGAUUUAAGUCAAGGCAAACGCUCGUCAAUGCCGAACCCAUUGAAGAAGAUGUUUCAGUAGCUGAGGCGCAAACUAAAAAGGCGGAUUGCUCGACUUCCAAGGCAAGUCGCACUCUUCUAAAGUCAGAAACAAUAGACGAAGAUGUGUGGCAGCAGAAACCGGCGGAUCAAACCAGGGAAGAGCUUAAUGAUAAGUCCAUAAAGUCGAGACUGAAUAUUCGGAUGUCGGAAACUAUAGAAGAGGGUCACAAAAAUAAUCAGUCUCAUUAUAAGUCAAGACAUACUGAUAUUAAGGAAGAACCUAUUGAAGGCACGACAACUAAAAACCACAGUCGAUCAUCCAAAUCUCACCAAAACCAACUAAUGGCAGAACCCGGUAAUAAAGAUGAGUCAAUGGCCUACAAAAAAAAUCCAUCUCAUUGUAUGUCAAAUCGCACAGUGUUUAUGGAAGAAUCCAUUAGGGAAGUUGCAUCUGAAACCACUGGCCAGCCAACCAAACCUCGUCAAACUCUCCUUGUGGCCGAACCCAUAGAGGAAGAUGAGGAAAUUUAUAAUAAGCCAGGCGAAUCUAUGAGGCAAACGAUGCGUCAAACGCUUAAUAAGGCUGAACCAAUAGAAGAGGAUUCGGAGGUCUGGAAAGAGCCAACGAAAAAAUCGAUCUUUUCUAAAUCCGACCAAGUAUCUACACAUCGAUCUUCAAAAUCAAGAAACACACUUGUUUUGGCGGAGCCCAUAGAGGAGGAUUCCGACGCCCUUAAACCAGCAAAUCAUCACGGGGGUCACCAUCAACGGAAGCCACGAAUCACUCUUAUCACACAUGAAUCCAUUCAGGAAGACUUCAAAAACGGAAUGGAGGAAAGUCGACCGCAGAUGUCCAAGCACAGACAAACGCUUCUUAAGGCGGAACCCAUCGAAGAAGAUAUCAGUGUCCAUCCUAAAAGCAAGAACAAUAUGGAAAAUAAGAGUGCAACACACUCUAGUGGAUAUGCGACAUCGAAAUCCAGACAAACUUUGCUUAUUCCGGAACCCAUUGAGGAGGAUGAUCUUCAAAGUUAUAACCAUGGAGGAAUCAAAGGUUCGACCGAGUCUAUUGAAGAAGAUGUAGCCGCAUUACCAGCUGAAAAUUCUAAAAAUACCAUGAUUUCAAUGAAGCACAAUGCGGUUUCUGCAGCUCCGUUUUCCAAAAGACAUACUUUGCUCCUAUCAGAAGCCAUGGAAGAGGACGAGGAAAGUCCCGGACUAAAUUAUAAUGCAGCUAAGGAGCAAAAUUCUGGAAAAUUUAAGGGAAUGUUGAACGCACUCAAGGGCUCUAUAUUCGGUCGUUCCUUGCCAAAAGAAGAGAAAGAGAUUCGUGGCAGUGCUAAGACUCACCAAACCAUGCUAAUGUCCGAGUCAAUGGACUUCGAAAGUCCUUUAAAAAGCACAGACUUCGAUGCAAUCACUCCAGUGCCGAAUACCAGAAUAUUAUCAAGAAUCAAACAAUUGUCCACUUACACGCCCGGAAUGUCCUUGACUGAGUUCGAGGAUCAGGAGAAGAUGUGCAAGACACCGGUACACGAAAAGAUCCAAGGGAUUUCAGGAAGAAAGGAAUCAGAAUCCGUGCUGGGAACUCCAAUACGUCACGUCAUGCUGAAACGCUUGCCCUCACAUCUCACACCCAAUCUGCCAGAGUCGAAAAAGCGACAUACCAUGCAUCUGUUUGCGGACAGCAACAUGGAUAUUACCAUAGAUGAUGAGGAGCAGGAAGGUGCUUGGGCUACGACCAACACGAAUAAAUCCCGCAGGACCUUUACGGUGGAUCCGAUGGACGCGUCGGUGCAGCCAGUUAGGGAUUAUCAUCCAGCGAUGGCAGAGUUGAACAAGAAGAGCUCUCUCGACAUGCUGGAGUUGCCACAACCAUUAAAAUUAGAGUGUGUAGAUGCGGAGGAGAAACCCAUAACCAUCUCGGAUGUGACGACUUACUUCGAGGAGCAGCGCAGGUCCAGCGAAAGGGAGAGCGGCAGCUCCAGCGAUAGAACCUUCAAGAGCUAUGCCGCUGCGAACUCGAAAUUCAUUAACCUGACCAUGAACACGACAAUCUUUGCAGCCACAGAAGAUUUGGAUGGCGAGGAGAGGGAAAUAGAAAUAGAUAAGGAGCGACUUAGUCUGGUUUCCACGCUGGCCGAGGAAACGGACAACGACGACGACGAGGAGGAGGUCGAAGAGAAGCACCAACCAAAACCCGAACUCUGCGAGGAUCAGCUGAAACCAGCGGUCAUUGCCGGCACCAGCGGCUCCUGCAAGAAGUGUGGAAAUUGCAAUCAAACCAUGAGCGAAACGACGCUUAGCAACGAUUCCUUUUUCCUGCCGCUUAAGAAACGCUGGGAUUUUACAAGGCAACAACAGAGGUUGCGUGUCAUCAGGAAGAAACCCACUCUGAAGGAGGUCAACCUGUACUGGGAGCUGGAGGAGCAGUCGCGGAUGUCGAGGUGCCAGGAGACCGACGAUUCAAUGGACCAGACAGGAGUGGAGGAGGAGCUGACCACGUGGAACAAAUCGGCGCUUCUAGAGCUGUGCAAGAUACGACUUCAAGUUCAACAGAAGCCCAUGGAUAAGCCCACGGAAUCCUUCUUUGCGCGCCUCAAGCGGUUGCUGGUCGACCAACAGCCAAACUGGAUAUUCGACUUUCAACGCAAGAUCUCCCAGCAAUUGAUAUUCAGCCACCGCCUGCUGACCAUGUUUCGAAUUGUGGUCAACUACAAAACCGAGGACGUGGAAGAGUCAGCCAUUAGCGUGGUCUCCAUUGAGCUGGACAACGAGGUGACCACGCGAAAGGAACACUGGACAGCGCGGGAGCACUUUCUAAACUAUCAAUUGAGUCUCAGGCUGCCCUCGAAUCUAACUGACGCCCUUGAAGGCAGCGAUGAUGCGUCUUUCCUGAAGUUCCUCAAGCACAUUGAUCAGCGAGUUGUGGAGAUCAAUCAGUCGUUCCACAAACUUCUGACUGUUUUAGCGGCGAAGAGGGCGAGGCUACUAAGGCAAGCGAAUCGAACUAUUGUACAGAAGGUCGUUCGAAAAUGCAUAGAAGAGGAACCACUUGUGCGUCUGGAGAAGACCACUUUUGUAAUUGAUAUUGCCAAUACGGAGGACGUCUCCUUUAUGGACAUCCGGCGCCCCGAACUGCAUCUCUUCAAUGAAAACAUUCAGUAUCUGCCGAAGGGAAUUGCUUUCCUGGAAGCAUUUCUUACCGAUCCCGAGCAGUACCUUAAAACAUAAACUUUAUAUAUUAAGAAGAACCUAUUUUACAAUAUGUAUAAAUUAAAACAUUCAGUUUCUGCCCAAGGGAAUUGCUUUCCUGAAAGCAUUUCUUAUUGAUCCCGAGCAGUAGCUUAAAACCUGAACUUUAUGUAUU